UGCCGAACCACGCUGCUGACCGACCGUCCCUCUGGCAAUGGGGGACAGGGCUCUGGGGACACCAGUUCUAGAACCGACAUUGCAGAGCAUCCUGCGGGCUCUGGGAUGGACACCUCCCGGACGGUGUCGGAUACUGCUGGGGUGGUUACCCCUAUUUAGCGCUUCCCCCCCAGGCAAGGGGAAAGAUAUGGAAGUCCUGGGUUUGUUCAGCCCGGAUAGCCAGAGGGCUGGCGGCUCAGGCUCAGGCUCCGGCUCUGGCCAGGUGGAGGGGGGAUCCGCCAUUUUUGCGGGUAUCAUCCCCGUGGUGGACAUCUCUGAGGAUGCCACUGCUCCCGAAGAAGUCCAAGAUAUCCCUACUCCUGCAUUCACCAGGAAAAUGAAGGGUGCUGUGCUGGCCCUUGCAGAGAAGCGAAGGAAGGAGAGCCUGCAAAAGGGCAGCAGGCUGGUAGAUCCAGAGGGUGAGCCGACAGGUGAAGCGGAGGCCACCUCCAUGGAUGCUGAAGGGGGCAAGACUCUGGCCCUGACUGCAGGGGCAUCGGAGGCCUCUGGCUCCAAGCCAGUUUCAUCCAUGAAAGGGCGAGAAUUUGUCCGCAAGUUGCUUAUCCAGAUCCAUCCCAAGGAUCGGGAUGCAACUAAGAAGAUGAAGCGGGCGAGACUAGCCAGCAGCCUUGGCCAACUGUGGAUUCAGCUGGAGUCCCAGGUUGGUGAGGCGAUCCAGUGCAUCGACGAUUACGAUGUACUGGAGAAAGACCUGCAAAAGGAAAGGGAGGCGCAGGCGAAGCGUCACGAGGAGGUCACAGGCAUGGUGGAGCGCUUCAGCCAUGCUGAGGCGGAUGCCGCUGCGCUGCAGGCCCGGGUUGAUCAACUGGAGGUGGAGAAGGCCUCUCUGGCCUCUGAGCUGGAAAGGGCCAAAAAAGAGGGGUAUGGGAACCUUGUACGGUUCCGGAUGCAGUACCAGGAAGAGUACAAAGAGUCCAAGCGCCGCUGGAAGGUGGUUUGUAAAGAUGCCCUAAGUCGUGGUUAAAAGCUGGGUGCCCGGGACCAGCGCCUGGAAUUCUUCAUUUCUCCCCAGGGCCAGCAGUUCAUGGAUAUAAUGCUGGAGGGUACCCUGGCAGCCUUUCAGAGGACUCCCGAUUACCUGGAGGGGUUCUCCCAGCUCUUCGCCCACGUGAUAAAAGAGACCGCACUGAAGACGGCGGAGAUGCUGGGGGUGUCAGGGGAACAGGCCGCUGCUUUGGACCUGGAAGUCUUGAUGGACAACAUCAAGGAUGAUGACCUCAACCGGCUGCUGGGUAUCCCUGCUAAUUCCCCGGAGAAGCCCGAGUGGUGGUAUCCAGUUCUGGAGAAAGCCCUUUAUCAAUUUGCUUUCUGGGUUUGCUCUGACCCGGUGCCGACUACUCUCAAGUACCGGCCCUCCUUCUGCAGUUCCUUGGCAAAAUUCGUGGACCAACUAAGGGGUCAAGCUGGUACUAGCUCCCGGGGAUUCGAGCAGUACAACAUGGAGCCCCCUUUGCCCUCUGGCCUUGCGACCUCCACCUUUGAAGAUCCCGCUUCCUCCUCCGCAGCUGUGGACUAGCUCUAUGCCCUGUACAAGGAUGAAAAGAAAUAUACCAAAGAGGCGUUGAAGCUGUUGGACACAGAACAACGUUUGCGCGAGGUGGACGAUUCGGACACCUUGCCGGUGUUCGAAGAAGGGGGUCCCUUUGGCGAGGCCUCUGUUGCUGCUGCUGAUCCCGUGAUUUCGGACUCCACUGCUCCUGCUCCUCCCUCCUAGCUGACUUUGCUAUCUCUUCCCUCCC